AGGCAGGAGGAGGAGGAGGAGGAGGAGGAGGGACUCGGCGGGAGGAUGGGCUUACUCUCAAUUUUGCGCAAAUUGAAAAGUGCACCAGACCAGGAGGUGAGAAUCCUUCUCCUGGGCUUGGAUAAUGCUGGUAAGACCACUCUUCUGAAGCAGCUGGCAUCUGAAGACAUCAGCCACAUCACACCUACACAGGGUUUUAACAUCAAAAGUGUACAAUCACAAGGUUUUAAGCUGAAUGUAUGGGACAUUGGUGGACAGAGGAAAAUCAGACCAUACUGGAGGAAUUAUUUUGAAAACACUGAUAUUCUCAUAUAUGUAAUUGACAGCGCAGACAGAAAAAGAUUUGAAGAGACGGGUCAGGAACUAGCUGAAUUACUGGAAGAAGAAAAGCUAAGUUGUGUGCCAGUGCUCAUCUUUGCUAAUAAGCAGGAUCUGCUCACAGCAGCCCCAGCCUCUGAAAUUGCAGAAGGACUGAACCUGCACACCAUCCGCGACCGAGUCUGGCAGAUCCAGUCUUGCUCGGCUCUCACGGGAGAGGGCGUUCAGGACGGCAUGAACUGGGUCUGCAAAAACGUCAAUGCAAAGAAGAAAUAAAAUCUUGACGAAUGGAGAUGCAGGAGCUGCGGGAGCUGAAUUCUGUCCUGAAAAACACUAAUUUGCUGCUUUCUGACCAAAUGUUUUUCCAUCUGUGUACAGCUACAGCUGUGUGAAGAGAGGGAACAACACAGUUUAAAAAGAAUCCCCAUUCCAGCAGUAGAUUUAACAUGAUCUCUGAGGUUCAGUAUCAUUUUUCAAAUAAAGGAAUUAUAUUAUUUCCUCUGCAUAA